AAUUCCGGGAAGCUCGCCUUACAACUCUGCGCGGCCCCCUGCGCUUCCCGCCCCACAACAAAACUCGGUGCGUCGCUCCCGGGAGCCGGGCUCGGAGCGACCCGCGGUCGGGACCGGAGGGGAGACUGACCAAGGCGCGGGCGGGGACAGCAGCUCGGAAGGCAGCGGGACCCGCGAGUGCCAGGGACGCCAGGCGAAGCAGGCCGAGAGGCGGGGUUGCCCAACCCUUCAGUCUCAGCAGAAACAGGAAGGGCCAGAAAAACCCACGGCAAAAGUCGGAGGUCUCAGCCCAGAGGGCACUUUCUGCAAACAUGUCUGUGGAUCCCUUAUCCAGCAAAGCCCUGAAGAUCAAGCGCGAGCUGAGCGAGAACACGCCGCACCUGUCCGACGAGGCGCUGAUGGGGCUGUCGGUGCGCGAGCUGAACCGGCACCUGCGCGGGCUCUCAGCCGAGGAGGUGACGCGGCUCAAGCAGCGGCGCCGCACACUCAAGAACCGCGGCUACGCAGCCAGCUGCCGCGUGAAGCGCGUAUGCCAGAAAGAGGAGCUGCAGAAGCAGAAGUCGGAGCUGGAGCGCGAGGUGGACAAGCUGGCGCGCGAGAACGCCGCCAUGCGCUUGGAGCUCGACGCGCUGCGCGGCAAGUGCGAGGCGCUGCAGGGCUUCGCCCGCUCCGUGGCCGCCGCCCGCGGGCCCGCCGCGCUGGUGGCUCCGGCUAGUGUCAUCACCAUCGUCAAGUCCGCCCCGAGCCCCGGCCCCGCCCCCGGCUCGGGCCCCGCCCCCGGCCCCGCCGCCUGCUCCUAGUGGCCGCCGAGCGCCGCUCGCUCCGCCCACGUCCAUUCUCCAAACCACAGACCCCUCUGACCCCAGCUGCCUUCCCUAAGUGCCUAAGCGCCGCAGUCUCUGUCUCCAAGUGCCAUUUCUCUGCAGCCACCAGCCCCCGUGGGGAACACACACGUUCCCUCCCCAGAGCCUGUCUUCCUCCUGCGGCCCCUGAAACUGGGACCUGAUGUCCCUGGGGAGGGGCAACGGUGAUGAGAUAGGAUGUAGGUGGGGUCGGGGUCUGGGGUUUCCUCUGGUAGAAAAUUCAGCCUUCUUAGUUUGAGGAGGGGAUACAGAGCGGAUUAGAGAAGGGCCAUCGAGGGGAAGACGGCCACCCCUCAUUUUGUAACUGCUCAGCUUGUGCCAUCAGCCCCUCCCCACCCGCCAGGGAGACAGGACUAGGCUUGGCCCGGUAUGGGUCUUGUGGGGCUGUCUAGCUGGGAGGCUGAUGCUCCCGCCUCCGCCUUGCACCCGGAUGCCUGGCCUUCCAAAGCUGGAAGACUCAUUAGAAAUCACUUAGUGAAGCCCACUUAACAGAUGAGAAAACAGGCCUCUAUCGGACGUGCCCAAGGCCACAUACGCUUAGUGGUUGAGCUGGAGCCCUGUCUUCCCACUGCUGCCCUGAGACUCCAGCCAUGGUUGUCAGAGGGACAGUGGCCAGGGCCUGAACAGGUGGUGAAAGGGCCUCCGUAGCCUGGGAGAUGGCUCUCUGUGAGUCAGGUGAAGAGAAGUAGAGGGAGGGAGAAGGUGAUGCAGAUGGAAGAGAGAGGGAAGGAGCUGGCCAGGCUCAACCCUGGGCUCUCCCUGCAGCCAGGGAGCUGGCCAGCCAAAGAGAAAGGGGACCGAGGAGGUGACCACUGUGGCGGUGGGGAGAUGAGAAGACAGAGCCUAUGGUUCUGCAGCCUGGGAUAGGGGUCCUUAAAGGGAAGGGUCCCAGCUGUCCACCCUGUGGGAUGGGGGCUGACCACUGCCAUUGAUCGCAUUCUCCUGGGAAGCCCGGCCGGAGCCUUUCUCCGCGCCCCACCCCCCGCCCAACUAUACAGCUGCUCCUCCCUGCUGUUUAUUUAUUGCACGAAUCUAAGUUAUUCUCCCCAGCCAGAGCCCGGCGCCCACUGCCUGGGAAAAGUGGUGUGUGGCCCUGAGCUGGACUUUAUAUUUUAUAUCUGCAAAUAAAUCACAUUUUAUCUUAUAUUUAGGAGAAGCCGGAUGGCAAAAACAACCAAAAAAUGUUUUUUAAAAACAAUUGCCCGGCCCCUGGAAUUUAUUUAUUUUUCUGACUUACAGUAAGCAAGUUAUCUGCCUUCUGUAUUUUGUAGACUUUCUGAAUAAAGUCAAGUUCUCUUUUUCCACA